AUGCAGCUUACUAAGUCCCUCCUGGUAUUCGCGCUUUACAUGUUUGGCACUCAGCACGUUCUAGCUGUGCCUGUCAAUCCCGAGCCUGAUGCUACGAGCGUCGAAAAUGUUGCCCUUAAAACAGGCAGCGGUGAUAGCCAGAGCGAUCCCAUCAAGGCGGACUUGGAGGUCAAAGGCCAAAGUGCUUUGCCUUUCGACGUCGACUGCUGGGCUAUCCUGUGCAAGGGCGCCCCGAAUGUCCUUAAUCGCGAUCGGAGCGGUGCGAACAAAGGGCCUUUCAAAGAUCCUCAGAAAUGGGGCAUCAAAGCCCUUCCACCUAAGAAUCCAUCCUGGAGCGCACAAGACUUCAAAUCACCCGAAGAAUACGCAUUUGCGUCUUCCCUUCAAGGCGGAACCAACAAGCCCCAACAGACAAAGGGAACAUGGUUUCAGAUCACUAAGUUCACAGGUGCAGCUGGUCCUUACUGCAAGGCUCUGGGGAGUAAUGAUAAGAGUGUGUGCGAUAAGAACAAGAAUAUUGCAGGGGACUGGGGCUUCGACCCGGCGAAAUGGGCAUAUCAGUAUGAUGAGAAGAAUAACAAGUUCAACUAUGUUGGUAAGUAA